AGGGGAGGGCGGUGUGUCGUGGUUGGGGCCAUUAUUGGGCCGAUCGCUGGGCGGCCCGGAGCGAUGGGUGCCCGCCACUUGGAGCCCAUGUUGGAGCGAGUGGGACAGUUGGGCAGAUUCCAGGCAUUUGUCUAUUUCACUUCAGUCUUCCAAGCCAUCUCUUGUGGUAUCCAUUACUUGGCCUCCGUGUUCAUGGCAGUUACUCCUAAAUUUUUCUGUGGCAUCAUGGGGAAUGUAAGCCAGAUUGUUUUCCACAAUUCUUCUAGUUUGAAGAUGGAAGAUAGCUGGGCACUAUUGACAUCAGGCAAAGAUUAUAUUGUGGUCCAGAUGCAGAAUGGAGACGUCUGGGAAUUGGCCCAGUGCAGCAGGUCACGGAGGGAGGACACAUCUAAUCUUGAGUAUGAAUAUGAUGGUAAUAAGUCUGACUUCCCUUGCUUGGAUGGCUACAUUUUUGAUCAGACCAAGUGGCAGAGCACUGUGGUGACGGAAUGGGAUCUGGUCUGUCAUCGUGAAUGGCUCGCAAAGUUAAUUCAGCCUACAUUUAUGUUUGGAGUACUGCUGGGAGCAGUAAUAUUUGGUGAUCUUGCCGACAGGGUAGGAAGACGCCUUAUAAUGUGGUCGACAAGCACUGGCCAGUUUUUAUUUGGAAUUGCAGUGGCAUUCACAUUUGAUUAUUAUAGCUUCAUGGCUGCUCGUUUUCUCCUUGCCAUGGUUUCAAGUGGCUACCUGGUUGUGGUAUUUGUGUACGUGACAGAAUUCAUUGGUAUUAAAGCUCGGACUUGGGCAUCCAUGCAUGUUCAUGCCUUUUUCGCUGUUGGAAUUAUGGUUGUGGCUCUGAUGGGAUAUUUGGUCCGAACCUGGUGGCUCUAUCAGAUAUUUCUUUCCAUAACAACACUUCCCUUUCUCUUGUGCUGCUGGAUAUUGCCCGAGACACCCUUUUGGCUUCUAUCAGUGGGAAAAUAUGAAGAAGCACAAAAAGUAAUAGAUAUGAUGGCAAGAUGGAAUAAUAGAAGAUCUUGUAAAAUAUCUGAGCUGUGUUCAUUUGAACAGGAUGGCAUCACCAAUAAUGAUUUUUCUGCAACGAAGAAGCACAGUGUAAUAGAUCUGUUUUUUAACUGGAAUAUUGCAAGAAGGACACUCACAGUGUGGCUGAUUUGGUUCACUGGGAGUUUGGGAUACUAUGUAUUCUCUUUGACUUCUGUUAAUCUCGGCGGCAAUGAGUACUUAAACCUAUUUCUCAUAGGUGCUGUGGAGCUUCCUGCUUAUAUCAUUGCUUGCAUUGGGAUGGACAAACUGGGAAGAAGAAAUACUCUUAUUCCAUUCCUUAUUCUGAGCGCACUAAUCUGUUUUCUCAUUAUGCUGAUUCCACAGGAUUACAGUAUUUUGAGCAUUUUAGCAAAUAUGGCUGGAAAGUUUGCCAUAGGGGUUGCAUUCGGCCUUAUUUACUUGUACACAGCUGAACUAUACCCAACGAUCAUAAGGUCCCUGGCUGUGGGAAGUGGCAGCAUGAUGUGUCGUCUAGGCAGCGUGGUGGCUCCUUUCUGUGUUUACUUGACAAGUAUUUGGAUCUUCAUGCCACAGUUGCUUGUAGGAAUCAUGGCCUUUCUGACUGGAAUGUUAACUCUAAUGCUUCCAGAAACUCUUGGGAAGCCCUUAGCUAAUACGUGGGAGGAAACCAUGGAACUGAGAACAAUGAAAGACAACUAUUCAAUCAAAUCACCUCCCACAAAGAGCGAUGUAAGCUCAGAAAAAAUAGAGAUGAUUAAUCUGAAGGCACUUGAUAUUGAUGAAUAAAUGUGUUAGAAAUGCUG